ACUUUAACAAAAACCACGACUGCCGGAUGCGCAGUAAUGGUGGUGAGGUGUAGUGUGGACUUGGGUGGAAUUUGAGUGAUUUUGUGCUGUCGGAAUGAAUUCUCCUUCUUUGUGAUUAAUUGUUACCAUUUUCUUUUGUUGGAGCGUGUGUCGGUUAUAAACUAGUGUUGUGUAGCUUUGUCUUAAACCUGUUAACCGUGUAAGACAGCUGUGACUUGAUCAUUCGGUGAACUGCUGAGUUUUUUGCUCAAUGUUCAAUGCAUUGCGUUUAAUGGUGGACUUUUAAUAAAUAAAGGAAGCACGCGUAUUUUAUUUAAAAUAAAAUCCGAUGUUCAAGUUGGUCCAAGCCGCCUAGCCGCCAACAGAAACGGCGGCGAGGCUGCGCAGAGUUAGUUUGUAGCGGUGGCGCGAAACCUGGAGCCACGCGAGGGUCCACCAGUGUUGCGGAGGGCGCGGCAGCAGCAUGGACGACGCCGGAAGCAACAAGCAGCGGCAGGCCACGAGGGUCUUCAAGAAGAGCUCCCCGAAUGGCAAGAUAACAGUAUACUUAGGAAAGAGAGACUUCGUAGACCACAUCUCACAUGUAGACCCGAUUGACGGCGUGGUGCUAAUCGAUCCAGAAUAUGUUAAGGACAGAAAGGUGUUCGGACAUGUGCUGGCAGCUUUCAGGUACGGCCGGGAGGACCUGGACGUCCUCGGCCUUACCUUCAGGAAGGAUCUGUACCUUGCAGCGGAACAGAUAUACCCAGCAACGACCACCCUGAAAAGACCGCUAACGCGGCUGCAAGAGCGCCUGGUUCGCAAACUCGGCCCGGCCGCACAUCCCUUCUACUUCGAACUGCCCCCUCAUUGUCCGGCCUCAGUGACGCUGCAACCCGCUCCAGGGGACACUGGGAAACCAUGCGGGGUGGACUAUGAGCUGAAGGCGUUCGUGGCAGAUUCGCAGGAUGACAAGCCGCAUAAAAGGAAUUCCGUUCGUCUAGCCAUAAGGAAGAUAAUGUACGCGCCGAGCAAGCAGGGCGAGCAGCCGUCGGUCGAAGUCUCUAAAGAAUUCAUGAUGAGUCCGAACAAAUUAUACUUAGAAGCGUCACUCGAUAAGGAGCUGUACCACCACGGCGAGAACAUAGCCGUGAACGUGCACAUAGCGAACAACUCGAAUCGGUCCGUGAAGAGGAUCAAAGUGUCCGUGCGGCAGUUUGCGGACAUCUGCCUGUUCUCUACCGCGCAGUACAAGUGCACGGUCGCCGAGGCGGAGAGCGAGGAGGGCUGCCCCGUGGGCCCCGGCUUCACGCUGAGCAAGGUGUUCACCCUGACACCCCUACUGGCCAACAACAAGGACAAGUGGGGGCUCGCGCUGGACGGACAGCUGAAGCACGAGGACACCAACCUGGCGUCCAGCACACUAAUCGCGGAUCCGGCGCAAAGAGAGAACUUGGGAAUUAUAGUACAAUACAAGGUCAAAGUGAAAUUGUGUCUGGGACCACUAGGAGGCGACCUGAGCGCCGAGCUGCCCUUCAUCCUGAUGCACCCGAAGCCCGACGAGGAGCCGCCGCGGCCGCUGCCGGAGCCCGACCCGAACGUCGACCACGACCUCAUACAGCUGGACCCGCAGCCUGACGAGAACGGGCAAGAGCAGGACGACGAUAUAAUUUUCGAGGAUUUCGCGCGUCUCCGGCUGAAGGGCGCCGACGCCGACAACUGAGCGCCACACACACACGCACGCACGCCUACAAGCACACCGUGUAUCAGAAACGCGGCAACGCACACAUGGACAAUGUUUCCCGUCGUUUGAAGACUCAAGACUAUUUUCAGGUGUAUACUUCCAUAAAAAUCUGAACUUUAUUUUCGAGUGUAAUGUGUUUAAAUUUUGACAUUAGCAGAAUACCGAAGAUUAACUAGGGAUGUAGCAAAAAUUUAAUUGUUUAAAAUUACUUAUAACUUUUUCUUAUACGUCAGUGGCAAACAUGUAUAGGACUCGCCUGAUGGUGAGCGGUCACCGUCUUAUUUAUUCCAAUUUGUUCUCAUUCUAUCGUUGUUAAACUCCAUGUCAGUCUUAUAUUUUUGGUUAUUUCUACUUAUCAUCAUACCAAAGAGAAUUAAGAAGAUAUAGUGCUCACUCCCUACAUCGGUUUUCUUACCAAAAAUACUAUUUUCGUAGUCUACAUCUAGCGUCAACUAGCGGAACUCAGUACUGCUACUCGACAAUAGAUGUCGCGGCAAACGGAAAGUCUAAUGCUCAACGAUUUUCAGCUAAUAACCGUAUUAACCGGAACUCUAUUUUCAACUCCUUCUGCUUAAUAUUAAUACACUUUUCGUCUAGAGAAAGAUAGUCUUACUGCGAUUCCUAUAAGAGGAAAGAGGAAAUAGUGCCAUGCUUUGUCCUUAUCACCGACCGGGUGGCAUCAUAGGUAGGAGGCGAUGGCGAAACACCGAAAUUUAUAAGAGUGAAAGAGAAAAAAAUCCUAUGCUGCCCAAACUUUAUAUGAAUAUUCUUUCUCUUACCGCCGGUCGCUCGGUGGCGCGUCUAUAACUACUUGUAUAUACUAUGUCUAUGGUCGCGACACAUGUGACAUCUAGUGUCGAAUAGCAGUACUGAUAGUUCCGCUACUUGACGCUAGAUGUUGACUACGCAAAUAAUAGCAUUUUUGAUAACAAACCCGAUGUAUGGAGUGAGCACUAUGUCUUCUUUACCUUUGAUCAUACUCAUGUUUUUUCACGACGGGAAGCAUUUUUGUCGACCCAAACGCGCAGUGUGAGUGAACGAAUUUCAAAUUGUUUAAAUAUUUAUGUGCGUUCUUGUUUGAUCUAUAAAUGUAUCAAUACUAUCAAUGUUGUUGACUGAUUUGGUAGUAAAAACUUACAUAAUGCCCGAUCUAAUCGAAUGUUAGGCGUCUUUACGUUAGAUGCGUCGAUGAGCGAGCGGGACGUCGCUAUAUGGGUGUGGCCUGUUACACGAGCAAAUAAUAUUGUCUUCGGUUACCGCGAUAGUUACUCAUGAAAUAAAACUACAUAUGAAAACGGAUUAUAUCGCGUAUUGAAUUUGAACGAGCAAAUAAUUAAGUCCCCGGCAAGCUCGGCCGAAUUUCACCUUCCCAUACAAACGAAGUUUCGUUUUCAUUUUAAAACUACGUGUUGGAUUUUAAUGCAACUUUGCACAUGAGGUUUAUCUAGGCUGUAAUUAGUUUGUAUAGCUCCAGUUUAUAAAACAAACGUAAUAGAGCAAAAACAAGUUUUGUAUGAAACACUUAAAUUCGCUGUAUUUUUUUAACUAUCGUAUCUGAAGCUACAUAAAAUAAUUGCAGAUAUAGAUAUACCUUAUCCUAUUGUAAGUACAAAGUGUCAGAGCAAACUAGCUACUCGUUUUAAAAUGAGAGCGUAACUACGUUUUUAUGGAGAACCGAGCAUGCCGGGGACCCUUAAAACAUAUAUUGUACUCCUUAAACGUAGACACUUGUUCAAUGACUUUUAAAAGUUAUGAAUUUUUCGUACAAAAUAAAUAUCUUCAAUGUACGCCAUUAUCAUUGUGAUUGACGUUACUUUGUCACGCCUUGAACAUAACAAAAUUCGCAAUACAUUGCGUCUUAGAAUAAACUUUAAAGUGUAUUAAAAAUCAAAACACAAGAAUUAAAACUAAUAAUAAACUAAACGUCUAAUAUGCGCCUCCACCCUGCAUCGUACCAGGCUCAAAAGUUCCCAUGAUGCCUGCAGCAUUCCCUCGCUGCACUGAAAUUGAGAUCUGUUGAACCAGGUACGAUCAAGCACAAGUAAUUUUUCAAAUUCACUGAACAAAUGUUGGUUAGUUUGAGGAGUACGGCCUACAAAAUAUUUAUCAGUACGGAGGCGGGCGGCGCGGGCAGUGCACGACGUACAACCGCCGCGGACACUCGUGCCUGAGGUUGGGAAUCCAUCCUCAGUGAGGAUGGAUUCCCAAAGAAUCCGAAACAUGUCGCCAAAAGCGACUAAAAAUAAUAGUGAGUAAAAACCGUACUGAUAAAUAUUUAGAAAUAUGUCUCACGAUAGUUUAAGUGCGAGUACGGCCUACAGUACCCGUACCAUGAGUCAUUGACAGUGUCAAAACUGACAUAUACGCGCUAACAUCUACGUAAUUUACUUUCGCUCGCACUAAUAUGCUAGUGCGAGCGAGAUGCAUAGAAAGUAAGUUAAGUUCUCGAUAGCGUUUAUGUCAGUGGCAAACAUUUUUUUGCUUGUAUUACUGGCCACACUCGGUAUACGUACAUAUCGCUGUCUCGCUCACACACGUAAGCGACCGAUGAGCGACUGUCCAAGAAUAUUCUCUAUCAAUGUACAGUGUAUAAUGUUUCGAGAGGAUUUGACUAUUCACAAUUCAAUUAAUGUAAUGGAGAUUUUAUAUUGUAUUCGAUGUAUAUUGUAUGUGAAAUUUUAUUUUAAUAGUUUUUUUUAUUGACCAAAUUAUGCGAGUACAAGUUUCUUUUUUUUAAACGAUCGGUCAUCGAUAUGUUUAAAUAGUACAAUAUGUUGGUAAUAUGCAUUUAAUAGAUUAAAAUAGUUUUUACCUCUAUAAUGUAAUUUAAUUUCUGAAGUAGCGCUGUAAGUAUAUAUUUCCUUAUUGUGGUUGGAUUAUAUGCUACGAAAUAUACUGGGAUUAUAUCGCGCUGACGACGCAGGCGGCGCCGCGGGACUUGUCUAUUUUGGGUAUUGGUUCCAGAACAAAGCAAUAUAUUAGUACCAAUGGUGGUAUAGUUUUUUAAACUCCGUUAACGUCGGGUUAUGGCUAAGUAAUAUGACCUCGGUCUCUUUAAAACAAGAGUGAAUAGGCUGUUACUGAACCGGUGAGCUCCAUCUUAGGCCCUGUCUUCACUUUCCAUCAGGUGUGACUAGGGCCAAUCGCCGAUUAGUUUAUAAAAAAAAAAAGUACAUUUGAGGAAACUGAAUGGAAUAGGUAAUAUAUAUAAUAUAUACAGAGUGGCUAAAAAAUCAGUGCAUUCCCAUUGCCAGGGAGCUUUUGGGAUUAUACUAAGCAACUUUUACUAUGGGACCAACCACGAAAUCGCGAAAAAAAAAACAUUACCCUCCUAUAGAAAAUGGACCAGCCUAAAUGUAUGAAACAGCCAAAAUUUUUUCGAGAUUUCGUGGUUAGUCCUAUAGUAAAAGUUGCUCAGUUUAAUCCCAAAACCUCCCUGGCAACGGGAAUGCACUUAUUUUUUUGCUACCGUGUAUAUAUUUAGGUUUUUUUUUCUUAAAAAGUAAUUAAUAGGGUUGUUGUGACACGGACAUUAUAUUUAAAUCCACGAAACAAUUGAAAACUAUAACAUAUCAAUGACAUUUCGAAUAUCAAUCGUCCGAGAUACUACUUGCGUGUAGCAAAUGUAUAAACUCAUACUAAACACUAAUCAAUAUGGUAACAGGCCCUAAGGCAAGUGUACACGCUCGUAGGGGCCUUAUCAUUAAAAAUAUAAAUCAUUGAUUAUCCCCAAAACGGAGUUAGUUAGAAUACCGGUUUAUUUGAGAAAGUUACUUAAUUUAAACUCGGGAAUGCACCUUUGAAAUUAACGGACUUUAAAAAAAACACCGUGAGAUGUAGAAACAAUAGUGAAAAUAUUGAUGUAUGAACUUACGCAAAGACCAUAUGUAAUAUCCCUUAAAUCAUUGAAAUAAAUUUAAAUUGAUCAUUGGUAAACCCAAAUGCAUUGAAAUAAGUUCUACUAGUGUACAGUCGCCAUCAGAUAUAUCGGAGCGGCCAAGGCGCUCACAAAUAUCUGAACACGCCUCUAUUGUCACGGCGUUAGAGUGCGUGUUCAGAUAUCUGUGAGCACCUCGCCCGCCCCGAUAUAUCUGAUGGCGACUGUACCAUUAAGUAUGUUGUUAGUAGUAAAGGCCGUUUAUUGGUAUGAUUUCACGGCUAUCUUGUGAAACUUGGAUUCUAUUUUGAGACCCUGUUAUAAUUGCUAGACUGACAUGUUCACACAUGGCACAGGCAAAUAUUGUUAUAUAUUCAUAAGGUAUAAUUUUUUAAUUUUACAACGUUUGCGUGGCUUAUAUGUAAGUUUUAGCUAACGCAGUAUUGUACGUCUAAGGGCGGUUUCAGACUAGCGUUUUAUACGAGCGUACGCGCGUAUAGAUAAAAUGUAGGGAAAUGUAACGCGCGUGUAGACUCUUAACGCCAAAACGACCGUAAACGCGCAGACAAAUACGCUAAUCUGAAAUCGCUCUAAAAAGAGUAGAAAAGAGAUUGUCCACCAAAACGUAUAAGGUUAUAUUUACCUACACUACAUAUUGUAUAUUGUUUAAAUCCUAUGCCAUUAUUCGGUACUCGGCGUCGCCGCGUCCGUCGCUAUAGUCACUAAGGUAGUCGGUGUUUUCUGUAGUCGGGGGUAGGGCGGUCGAGAUAUGCUGUGGCCUUCGAGACAGAAUUUAUUCUCUAGCUGAAUUAUUAUCGUUAGACGUUAUAUUUGUUGACUUUUAUAUCACAGAUACGAAAAUGACAGUUCUAUUAAUCCAACUGGCCCCAUUGAACUAUUACUUUACGUAUAGAACUGGCACACAGAACCAGUAUUUAGCGCCAUGAUGUUGUUUUGACAAAAUACCAUAGAAGCGGAGCAUGAGUCUCGCGACCUAAACGCGUAAGUGCCAUGAAUUAUACGGCGCUUACGAGGUGAAAUAGGGGCCUGAUCUGUUAUUUUAGUACAAAAUUGGUAGGUUUAAAUAUCCUCAUGCUGCCUACUGUACAAAAUUAUAGCUAGGAAUGUUUGAAUCUAUUUGUAUUACUUGUAUUUUGAAUUGGGUUGAAUUUCGUUUGUUCGAAAAUUUCAUUAGACAAACGAAAUGCAUCUAUUUAGCUUUUAUAAAGUUGAUAUUCCAUUGUAACAGAAUGUACAUUGUAAUGUACAUUGGGCGGCAUGAGGAUACAAAAUCAGUACUUAUGAUUUUGUAGAAAAUUAUCCAUGGACCGUCAUUUUAGUUGAAAUGUAAACGCAGUUUAUGAUUCCGUACAUCUUACAUAUCCUUAUCGUUUUGUGCGUGAUGUGUUCAAAUUACAAAGCACAAAAUAUUUUUUCGUAAUAGGCGUUUUAUAAGUAUGUUUUAUGUUAUAAAUUUGUAGGUACUUACAUUUAGCCUGUGAAAAUAUUGAGCACUUUUAUAGGUAUUGCAAUUGCACCUUAGAUGGCCACACGCUGCGCAAAACGAAACGUUUACAGACAUCUAACGGCCAGCACCAUUUUAAAGUUGAUAUUUAACUUUUUUUACGCCCUAGUGCGGUAAUUAGCACAAUACGUGCCUAUGUCGAAAAUUUAAAGGGCCACAUGUACUGUAAAACGUUCUACAAUACACGUGCGAAAAGGUAAUUCGCAACUCGUGUUGAUUUAAAACAUUCCCUUCGGUCGUGUUUCAAUUUACCGGCACUCGUUGCAAAUUUCCUUCUUUUCGCAUUUGUAUCGUAAUGUACGCGUGACAGCCAAUCGAUUCUUUUGCCUAUUUCUAAAUUGCGAAUAAUAGAAGCUUGUUAAUUUUUUAACUGAACUAAAUUAUCUGAGGCUGCCUUUGACCACGGACACGGACGUAACGUCAGGCCAAAUAAUGAACGUAAGUGUAGGAAACAUUCAGUUUUGAUUUUUUAACAAGUGUCAAAUUUGUACAAAGCACAUUUCUGCUAAAUAUUAUCACUGGCCAACUGUAAGUAUAAAAUUGAAGAUAAGCGCCCUUCUAAUCUGUAACUGUAAAAAUGUAUAUUGAUUCCGUGAGUGUAUUCUUAGGCGCGACAAAAGGCCAGUACACACAGUCUUAUGAUAAAGUAUCUGUUUGGUGUACAUUUGUUCUGUACAAAUAGUUGUGUAAUUUACGUGGCAUGUUUACUUGUGUACUAAGCUUUAUAAUGCACAAUUUUCGAAGCUGUAUCUUUUGGAUUUUAUGGAUUGACAAGUUAAAAUAUUCUUUGACGGUUUGUACAUACUAGAUGUGGUUGAAAUUGAGAAAGAUACAGCGAUGGUAUGGCGUAAUGUCAAACCACGCACAAAGGAGCUUGAUACUUGCACUAAAAUUUUAUAAGUAAUAUGAUCUAAUUUUACAACGGGUUACUAAAGUUUUAAUAACAAAACUUCCGUGAGACACAGACAUAUUAAACAUAUUAAUAACGGGUCACUCAAAAUACGUGAGUGACCCGUUAUUAAUAUGUUUAAUAUGGGUUACUAAAACAUUGUCUUCGUGGUUAUAAAAGGGUUCUGUAGCAAACAAAUGUGACGUUUUCAACCAAAAAGGUACCACAUUGUCGGUUGUCAAUAGCCGGGUCCACAUAAAGCGAGCAUACGCGCGAGGCAAUUUCCUCGCGCACAAAACGGCCAGUGUAGACGUGCCUCGGCCGAGGCGCGCGUGUUGCAUCGACAUUUUUAGACGUGCCUCGCGCGCGCCGCCUCCGCCGGGGCAAGUCUACACUGGCCGUUUUGUGCGCGAGGAAAUUGCUUCGCGCGUAUGUUCGCUCUGUGUGGACCCGGCUAAUAAGGUUGAUUUCAAAUUGAAGCUAUAUGGAAAUAGCGCCUUAUUGGCAACCGACAAUAAGUACCCUUUUGGUUGAGAAUGGCACAAACAUUUGCGUAUAGAACUUGAAAUUAAAAGUACUUAGUAACCCUAUAGGACAAAGAUGAUGUGAUGUCGUUAUUUUAUGAAUAUCAAUGCAUUAUUUACUCUGAAUGGUUAAUGUUUCUGUUGCUAUACAGUUGUAUUAUUUAUGUAUUCUAAUGUAAGUAUUAAAACGGUUUUGUAUACCUAAAUGGUUAAUUUUAAAGAGGAUUUACAGCCAACAGGUAAUUUUAUUGAGGCCUAUGUGGCAGAAAUAAGUACAAGUACCAAGCCAGUUCGGUGUUUAUAUUAUAAUAAAAGAUAUGACAUUAGUUGUGACUGUUUGUGUCUAUCUCAACAUACUAAAUAGAAAAUGUAGCAAAUCUUCUCGUCUUUAAGUUGAGAUAAAAUAUAAAGACAGGAACAAAAGAUGGGUGCUUUAAAUCUUUUCGUUGACUAACAUUAUUUAACUUGGUAUUAACUGAUUAUUAUAUAACACGAGAGAAUAAUAGCUCAUUGUAGAUAGAUCAAUAUAAAUAUUACAUAUGUAUAGUAAAAGAGCAAAGCCGCAUUCUCUGUUUUUGUCAAGCUUUGAAAACAUGUUAGAGACUCCCCGUCGGCGUCUACUCAACUAUGGCUGCUGCCCGACUUGCGUCUGCGCAGUGACGCCAAUUAACGUUGACUAGACGCCGACUCUUAAAAGACACUAAGUGUGGGGUCCGUCUUAAUGUUUGUACUUUAGUUCAGACUUUGAACAAAUAGUUUUCUUUCUUCUCGCCUUGCAGUUCAAUAUAUCUACCACUUGGCUGUAAAAUGAACUCAGUACCAGAAAUCAUAGUAUUAUUUCUACUUCAAAAUGUGAUGUGAAAUCGUUCUUUGGGAGUCAAUGGAAAUCGAAUUUAGUCAAUUGGAUUUUUUCAUGCUCUAAAGUUACACGAAAUCCUUUGCAAAAACAUGAAUAGUAAAAUGCACUUCCUACACAUUAUUUUAUAAUUUUACAUCGAAAACUUUUUGAUGUAUACUUUUUUCAAUAAAUAUUUAACCAAUAACA